AAAAAUGAAACCGGAGUUUUAAAUUUUGAGGACUCAUAAUGGAAGACUCAGAAGGACUUAACUUCAGUUCAGUGGAAGAGGAAACCAGAUACUGGAAAGAGUUGGCUAUGAAAUACAAGCAGUGUGCUGAGAAUACACAGGAGGAAUUGCGUGAAUUUCAAGAAGGGAGUCGAGAGUAUGAAGCUGAACUGGAGACCCAGCUGCAGCAAACAGAGUCCAGAAAUAGAGACCUUCUGUCAGAAAACAAUCGUCUGCGAAUGGAACUGGAGUCAGUUAAGGAAAAGAUUGAAAUUCAGCAUUCAGAAGGAUACAGGCAAAUCUCUGCGCUGCAAGAUGACUUGGCACAGACAAAAGCUAUUAAAGAUCAACUUCAGAAAUAUAUUCGAGAACUCGAGCAAGCAAAUGAUGAUUUGGAAAGAGCAAAAAGAGCCACUAUAAUGUCUCUAGAGGAUUUUGAACAGCGUUUAAACCAGGCUAUUGAAAGAAAUGCUUUUCUGGAGAGUGAGCUGGAUGAGAAGGAAAACCUCCUGGAGUCUGUGCAGCGCCUGAAAGAUGAAGCUAGAG